CGGCCAGAGGUGCCGCGCAGAGCAGUGUUCCAGCUCUGGGCAUCAACCCUCCCGGUGCUGGGAACUAAGCCUUCCGCAUUGCUCCCAAGCCUGGAUACCGACGACCCCGGGCCGGAAAGCGGAGCCCUGGGGUCGUUCGAAGAGUGGGGCCCCGAGUUCCUCUAGUCAGACAGAUAAGUCCGAGCAAAGCAGGGUUCGGAGACCACCAAGCAAGAGAGCAAAGUCCUCGGGCCAUCAGCCGGGCAGGACGCAGAGCGCCCUGAGACGUCCGCAGCUGGGAGCUUUGAGAGUCCUGGCCCAGGUAGCCACGACGCCGAGCCGUCUGAAGAGCGAAGCUCUGAGGUCCCGGGACAGUGUCUCCCUCCGGCUCUUCCUCUUCAGGGGCAGACUUGGAAGCUCCUUGGCUGCGUUUGCUGAGCCCCGAGACCCCACAACAGCCCCCAGAGGAGCUGUUCAUGGAGACGCCCAUCGAGCUAGAAAUCCGCCGCAGCUGUGAACGCGAGGAGAGCCUGCGCCGGAGCCGGGGCCUGAGCCCGGGCCGCGCCGGCCGCGAACUCGUCGAGCUGAGGGUGAGGCCGGUGCUCAGCUUGCCGGGAUCCGGCCCCGCGCUGCCGCGCGCCUUGGAGCGCGCGCGGGCGGGCGCGCAGAUGCAGCGAGACAUCGAGCGGGAGGCCCACCGGCAGGCGGCGCUAGUGCGCCCUGAAGCCCCGGAGCAGUGGGCCCGGCAGCCGCCGCAGCCACUGGGCGAGCUCAAGCGCUUCUUUGAGGCCGCGGGGGGAAGUGGCUCCUCAUCGGCGGUGGAGGGCAGCGCUGACCCGCAGAGGCUGCUCGAGUACGGAGGCCGGCCGCCCUCGGCCGUGCAGGGCCGCUGCCGGGUGCUGGCCCGCAUCCCGCCACCGAUCGCGCCGUCGCUGCUGGAGCAGGAGGUGCGCGAAGUGCAUGAGCGCGAGCGGGAGCUGCAGCGCCAGCGUCUCAGCGUCUAUGGCACUGCCGAGUUCAAGGAGCCCGCGCCGAGCCUCAUGGCGAGCGGCGGUGACGGAAAGCUGGCGAUGAUCUGGCCUCCCCGCAGAAGGGCUUCGGAAAACGGCCUGGGGCAGGAAGAGCAGAAAGAAACCUUGAGGUUCGAGCCGACGGGGACCCACGGCCGGAAGUAACAUGCCCAUCAGAGGACCCCGGCAGGGGCGCCCAGGAGUGGCCUCCGGAUCGGCGGGAGGCCAAGAGAACGGCCAGCGGUCUGAGCCAGGGAAGAUGAAAUUGACUAGCCCAUCUUUGGACCUUUGUGAAACUGACCAGCCUCUUCUAUAAAACUGCAGUGCGCGUUGGGAAACGCCACCACGCACAAUCCCGCCAAGUGAAACUGUCCAACCCAUUAAUGCCUAACUGCAAACCUAACUAGCCUCUGGCUCCGGCCUUGACUGCUGGAGGACCGCCUUGUUUGCCCAUCCCCUGUCCCCAGUAAAGCCCUUUCUUUUUGGGCAGUGCA